GUAAUAAAUGGAAAUGUUAUGACCGGCAGUACUGUAUUUGAUGUUAUUGCACAAGAGCAAAACAAAAAAAUAUCUUUAAAUAAACCUGCAGAUAGUAAUUAUAUCAUAAAUACUUCUGAUGAUGAAGAUGGUCUUAUCACUCAAGCCAUCCUCUUGGGAAAUAUUGAAGCUGCUGUAUCUUUAUGCUUUGCUAGUAAAAGAUACGCCGACGCUAUAAUUCUUUCGACGGCCGCUGGUCCCGAACUACUAGAACGUACCCAAUAUAAGUACUUUUUAGAGCACUCUAGUGCAUUAAAUUGUCUCAUCAAUUCAUUAGUUAAUAAAAAUUGGGAAGAGGUUGUUAAGAACAGUAAUAUAAAAUGUUGGAAGGAAGCAUUAAUUGGUAUAUUUACACAUUCCACUAUACAGAAACGAUCUAUCUUGUGCGAUAUGCUUGGUGACCGUUUGGUGUCAUGCGAAAAUCCCGUUCUUAAAAAGCAAGCACAAAUUUGUUACAUUUGUUCCGGUAAUUUGAAUAAACUAAUUGAAGUGUCCGAUGGUGAUAUUCAAGACGUGGUGGAACUGGUGGUAAUAAUGCAGAAAGCUUUGGAACUUCAAUGUAUUGAGGCAGUUCAACUAGAAGACAAAAUUGCUGCAGUGCUGUCUCAAUAUGCUGAGAUGUUGGCGGCAGAAGGCGAUCUAGAGGCUGCCUUAAAUUACCUUGGGAAUAGUCAAGAUCAAAGAGUCUCGAUGCUAAGAGAUCGUUUAUGCAAAGCUUUAAGUUACAUGCAAGACCAGAGGCAUGUUACAAAACCUACAGCUCAGAAUUACUGUUAUGAACAGAUACGAAGAGUGUCACAAGGUCCAU